AAAAUACUUAGGUGCAUAAGUUGUUAGUACUUCAAAAUUCUACUUAAGUAUUUGUACUUGAGUAACUUUACUGUCCACAGAUCAGUGUGUCCCGCCCCCCUCACCGCACCUCUGCUGACAGGUGGCUGCUCCUCCCAGCUGAUCCUCCUCUCUGAGCUCCUGCAAACCUGUCCUCAGUUAACACUCACCGCACACACCCACACACACACACACACACACACACACACACAGACACACAUAUUCAAACACACAAAAAUACACACACACAGGUGAAUCAUGUUGGCCCUCAUGGCUGCUGGCUCCGUCUUUUUCCCGGGACUCUUCCUGCUGUCCAAACAGACCCUCAAACACAUGAUGGGAUGGAGCGAGGGGGACGCUGCCAUUGUCUCUACACGUCUGGUGUCGUCCAUCCAGGCCGUCAUGGCCUCGUCAGCCGGAUGCAUCAUUGCCUCGUCCUGCAGGGACGUCGUGGAGGACACUCAUUGGCUGACCAACACCUACAUCCUGUUUGCCACGCCGUACUUUGCCUAUGACAUCUACGCCAUGUUUCUGUGCUACUGGCACAAGCUGCAGGUCAAAGGUCAUGAGGAGAAGGUGGAAGGUGUCAGGUCGAAGGGAGGCGCUGUGGCCGGUUAUCUGCGUAGAGAGAUGCUCAUGGUGCUGCAUCAUGUCUUCAUGGUGGCCUUCUGCUUCCCCGCCUCACUGCUGUGGAGGCAGGGGAAAGGUGAUUUCUUCCAGGGUGUUUUGUUUCUGGCUGAGCUCAGCACACCGUGCGUCUGUCUGGGAAAAGUCCUGAUCCAGUACAAACAGCAGCACACUCUGCUGCACAAAGUCAACGGAGUCCUCAUGCUGCUCACCUUCUUCUGCUGUCGAGUGUUGCUCUUCCCUUACCUGUACUACGCUUACAGCAGGUACACAUCUAUCCCGCUGUACACAGUGCCCCUGGUGGCCCCGUGGCAGUGCAACCUGGGGGCCGCUCUGCUGUGGCCCCUCCAGCUCUACUGGUUCACACUGAUCUGCAGAGGAGCUCUACGCCUGUCCACCGCAGGGCGCUCAAAAUCGUCACUUAAGGCCGAGCAUGAUGGCUGCCUGAACGGCUGCAGGUCUCAUCAGGAGGACAGACACACAGACUGA